AUGACAGACAAGCCCGUUUUCAUCCGUGACUCGUACCACGGCUCUGGAAAGCUGCAAGACAAGGUGGCCAUCAUCACUGGCGGAGAAUCUGGGAUUGGCCGCGCUGUGGCGGUCCACUUUGCGCGUGAGGGGGCCCAUGUGGCCAUCCUGUACCUGAACGAAGACCAGGACGCCAAGGAGACGGAGGCCUUGGUGGCUAAGGAGGGCCGCAAGUGCCUGCUCUUUUCAGGGGACGUGGGAGAUGAGAAGGUCUGUGCUGAUGUUAUUACCAAGACUGUGGCUGAGCUGGGUCGCAUCGACAUCCUGGUCAACAACGCCUCUGAGCAGCAUGUGUCGUCAGCUGGCAUUGAGGACGUCCCCGCGGAGCAGCUGGAGCGCGUGCUGCGCACCAAUGUCUUUGGCUACAUCUUCAUGGCCAAAGCCGCACUGCCCCACAUGAAGCCCGGCAGCAGCAUCAUCCAGACCGUCUCCGUGGAGGCCUACGAGGGCAUGCCCUUCAUGGUGCCGUACGCCACGAGCAAGGGCGCAGAACUGGCCCUCACGCGCUCCCUGUCCGCAGCGUUGGUCAACAAGGGUGCGUGGGGGUUUGAGGGGUGCUUCAUGCCACAGUAA